GUUAGUACCUGUGAGCAGGUGAACAUCAACAGUUUAAUCUGCACUGGUUAUAGCCGUACAGAGAGGUCGGAUGUGGUGCUGGAAGAUGAGACUGGUGGCUCUGGUUGUUGUGUGUACGCUGAUGGUUGGGCAGGAUGGAGGGAGUGUGGCAGCAGAUCUACCCAGGUUUGAUUCUGCACAGAGAGGACAUGCAACAGGAGCAGUUCUCCCUGCGCUCAGGAGGAGAACGACAGGAGACCUGCUGCUAGAGGAUCCCAACCUGUGCUUCUCUCUGAGGGAGAACGAGGAGCAGCGGCAGCUUCUGUGCAACGACCGCAGGAGCAAAUUCAACUUCAACCCAUUUGGCCUCCGCUUCGGGAAACGCUACAUUUACAGAAGAGCCGUUAAAAGAGCCAGAACCAAUAAGUUUUCCCCCUUUUCUCUGUUCUCACGAGAACUGGAGGUGCCCACCUGAAACAGAUGUUUUCCUCUGAGGAAUUGUGUGAUUUGUGGUGAAAAGUGAACCUGUGACAAAAAUCUUUUCAGAUGUGUUCAAACCUGCCUCGACUUCCGAUAAAACAGUGUUUCCCUGAAUAAAACUUU